AUGAACUCUGCCACUCUCACUCCCUCCCAAGAAUUGAAAGUGAUGGAGAAGCACAGCGUAACAGUAAGCUUCAAUGGCAGCCUCUACCAAUCCUCGGCCGCCUUCCACUCCUCUGGCUGCUCACUCACCCCGCGUGCCAUCGAAGGGGCCCUCGAGCAGCGACCCACUGGCCUCUGCGCCGACGACACAGAGCUCAACAUCUUCGACGCGGAGCGCUACUUCAGAGAAGACAACCCCCCCACCGCCGCCAAGAACACCCUCGUCGUCGAUGACGUGCUCGAAAGGCGCGAUCUUUCCUGCGAUCCUAGGACCUCCUCCGUCUCCUCCGCCGACGGCCUGAGGCGGAAUGACCGGGGCGGAGAGACUCCUCCGACCUCGUCCUCCGAGGCGAGCUGGAAUAGCAAGUCCAGUUUGCUCUCCCACCGACUGGCGCCGCCCUCCGCAGCCGGGAGGACCCGGUCGUCCGGUGUGCGUAGAUUCUUCCGCCGGAGUUGCCUUUGCUCCGGAAACAAGUCCGUCAACGUGGAGGUUCGCCGGUCUGUGGAGUCGAACGCUCCGCCUAGUGUCAAAAAGCAGAGCUCGCGAAGAGGGGAUGUGGGACUCAGCAGCAUUCCGGAGUCAUCUACCGGCGACGAGUUUAAGAGCGAAUUGAACGCCGGGGAAGUGACGAAGUUGAAGAUAUCCCCCGGAAAUUGGGGCAAAGAUCGGAGCUUUUUCAAUGUGGCGAGUCGUUUCUCGCCGGAAAGGACCUUCCCGUCGGAAAUAGGCCACCGAAUAGUGAGCUCCCGUAAACUCUUCACAGAUACCGCUGGAUUCUCUUUCCCCGUGUUGAGUCCUCCGCGCGAUUCGCUCGAGGUCUUCCGUCCAUCCGAGGAGGUGGCUAGGACUAUGGAGAAAUCGUCGGAGUUCUCACCGCCAGUGAUGGCGCUUCCUCGUCUCGGCGUAAGGUUUUCAUACCCCGCGAGUCCCAAGCAACGGGCGGAGGAGGACGCGGCAAGCGACACAAGCUCUGACCUUUUCGAGAUAGAGACUUCCCUAUCGACGACCCCUACGACGAACCGCCCCCGCGACUCCCUCGACGAACUCGAAGGAAGGCGUUUCAUCGGUAACGGCGAGGCGGCUGAGAUCCUCCAUCGCCGUCGGAGCCUAGAGGGGGCGGCGAAGCCAUCCGUCGUCCCCAGCGAAUGCUACCCACCGAGCGAGGCGAGCGUGGAAUGGAGCGUCGUGACCGCGGAGGGCUUCGCCGCCAACUUCUCCAGCGCGGCCUCCAAUUACGACGAGUUCCGUUUCAUCGAGGAGGAGCACGACCGGUUCGCGGCGGCGAUGAGCAGAGAGCGGCGGAAAUCCAACGGCCUGUUGGGCUGCCGGUGUGAGAAAGCUGUCAGCGUCGGGCCAAAGCCGGUUCGGAUCCCUCCACCCGUCGAACCGGAGGUCUUGGCAACGAACAUAGGCAUAGCGAAGUUCAGAAGCCUGGGUUUGACGCAGGAACGGCUAGGCCGUCCGGUUCAAAAAAAUUAG